AUGCCUGUUUUUAGUAGCGGAUGCAGCAAUAAUACUGGAGUUGUCGCGAAGAAAGAUGGUGGUAAUAAUAAUAAUAAUGAGAAGAAGAAGAUGUCAGCACAGAGUAUGGCGGCGAGGCAGAGGAGAAAGAAGAUUACUGAUAAGACACAAGAAUUGGAGAAAUUGAUACCUGGUGGACACAAAAUGAAUACUGCUGAAAUGUUUCAAGCUACUUUCAAGUAUAUUAAGUUCUUGCAAGCACAAGCUGCACUUCUUCAAUUCAUGGGAAGAUAUCAGGAGGAUAAGAAAUCAUUUGAAACAUCAUCAGAUCUGCACAAACUUGUUGGAUCUUCCUUGAUCCUUGAGAAGUUGUAUUCAAGUGAAAAAUGCUUAGUUCCAAAAGUGUUCCUUGAAGCACUAGAGAAUAAUCAAGAAUUCCAAAAUUCAAUAGUCCUUGAGGAAGUCAAGUCUUUGAUUAGAUGA